AUGAUUACUUAUCUUUUAUAUUCAGUUCUCUUUUUUAUCAUUGUCCUUUCUUUUCAUUCCUUGACACAAAUACGAUUUCACACACUGUCCGGCUGUAACAAAGAUAUACACUUUCUUCCUCUCUCUGUUUUUCCUUUUUUCUUUCCUUCUUUCUUCGUCUGUAUACAGUUCAGUUUCCGAACCCGACUCACUGCAACACCAUCUUCCUCUCUUUGGUUUUCUUCUUUCUUUCCUUCUUCUUCUUUACACAAUUCAGCUUAUAACACUUUCUUCUCUGUUUUCCCUUUUCUUUCUUUACACAAUGCAACUUGUAACAGAGGUAUAUACUUUCUUCCUCUCUGGAUAUCCUUUUUCUUUAAACGCAGGCUGAAUUCUCAGCGUAUAAAUUUCUCUGCGUCUUCAAUUUGGGAUUCUCGAACAGGAAUAUUUCUUGUUAUAUUUCCUGUCCGGAGUUGCCUGGGUUGA